AUCCUGUAGUUCAAAUUGCCAUUGACAACUCUCGAAACAUCUUACACACCCGCUCAGAAAAAGGAAUGCUGCAAGUUUAUGAUUUGGGACAAGAUGGUCAAGGAAUGACCAGGGUUACUUCUCUUUCACAAAAUGCUAUAGUGUCUGCUGCUGGGAGCAUUGCCAGAACAAUAGAUCGUUCUGUAUUUAAGCCUAUUGUUCAAAUAGCAGUGAUUGAAAGUUCUGAAUCCAUAGACUGUCAACUACUAGCAAUCACACAUGCAGGUGUCCGACUGUAUUUUAGUACUUCACAAUUUAAGCAUCCAACAGCUCGUCCCUCCACCUUAACCUUGGUUCAUGUUCGUUUGCCGCCUGGAUUUUCAGCUUCUUCAAACGUGGAGAAGCCCGCAAAGGUUCACAGAGCUCUUUAUAGUAAAGGAGUCCUGCUGAUGGCAGCUUCAGAAAAUGAGGAUAAUGACAUCCUGUGGUGUAUCAAUCAUGACUCUUUUCCUUUUCAAAAGCCAAUGAUGGAAACACAGAUGACCACUCGUGUUGAUGGACAUUCCUGGGCUCUUUCUGCUAUCGAUGAAUAUAAAGUUCAGAAGAUAGUAACACCACUAAAUAAAGACAUUAUUCCAAUAACUGAUUCGCCUGUUGUUGUGCAGCAACACAUGCUGCCACCUAAGAAGUUUGUUCUGCUUUCAGCCCAGGGGAGCUUUAUGUUUCAUAAACUCAGACCUGUCGAUCAGCUGCGGCAUCUGCUUGUUAGCAAUAUAGGUGGAGAUGGAGAAGAGAUUGAAAGAUUUUUCAAGUUGCAUCAGGAGGAUCAGGCCUGUGCCACUUGCCUUAUCUUGGCCUGUUCUAAUGCUGCAUGUGAUCGAGAAGUAUCUGCCUGGGCUACUCGAGCGUUCUUCAGGUAUGGCGGAGAAGCACAAAUGAGAUUUCCAUCAGCUCUGCCUCCUCCAAGCAAUGUUGGACCUAUUCUGGGUUCUCCUGUUCCUUCAGUAACAGGUCCAGGUGGAAGAUGGCACCAUUCUUCUGCUACUACUUACUCAGUUUGCUCAAAGGUUACCCCCUUGACUGUUGAUAGUCCAUAUCCUAAUCUUAGCUUUUUGACAACACCUGGGCAAGGUUUACAACCUCUUAGUAUGUCAACUCCCGUAUUUCCUUCUGGGAAUUCCAUGUCUCAUCCUGGUACAUCCAUUAGUGGAAUGAUGGGUCCUGAGAUAGUAUUUUCUGGAAGACACAAUGGCAUCUGCAUAUACUUUGCUCGAAUUAUAGGAAAUAUUUGGGAUGGCAGUAUAGUUGUGGAGAGAGUUUUCAAAAGUGGCAAUCGAGAAGUUGUUGCAGUAGAAAGCAGUGUUCCAUCCCAUGUACUGGAAUGUGUACUACAAGAACUAAAAGGUUUACAAGAAUUUCUGGAUAGAAAUUCACAGUUUGCUACAGUAGGAGCCCUUGGAAACCCAAGUUUCAGUACACCAGCCAAUCUGCAACAGAGGCUCCUGGGUUUCAUGCGGCCCGAUGGUGGAAGUUCUCAGCAAGUCCAGCAAGAACUCCAGAGAAAAUAUCAUGCUGAGGCACAGCUAACUGAGAAGACCUCACUUCAAGGCAUCCAGCAGCUUGUUUGCAAAACCUGCCAGGCACUGGCUUUAUGGAAGUUGCUGUGUGAGCACCAAUUCAGUGUUGUCGUUGGUGAGCUUCAGAAGGAACUUCAAGAACAUCUAAAGAUUACUGCUUUCAAAGACUUGGUAAUUAGAGACAGAGAGUUGACUGGAGCGCUCAUUGCUUCUCUCAUAAACUGUUAUAUCAGAGAUAACGCUGCUGUGGAUGGCAUCAUUGCCCAUUUGCAAGAUAUCUGUCCUCUUCUUUAUAGCACUGAUGAUGCUGUGUGUUCCAAGGCAAAUGAACUGCUUCAGCGGUCUCGGCAGGCCCAAAGCAAACUGGAAAAAGAGAAGAUGCUGAGAGAGUCACUGAAAGAGUACCAGAAGAUCAGCAAUCAAGUAGACCUUGCUAAUGUUUGUGCACAGUAUAGGCAAGUGCGUUUCUAUGAGGGAGUAGUAGAACUCUCUCUUACAGCUGCUGAGAAGAAAGAUCCCCAAGGUCUUGGCCUUCAUUUCUAUAAAAAUGGAGAACCAGAAGAGGAUGUUGUUGGACUCCAAGCUUUUCAAGAGAGAUUGAACAGCUACAAGUGUAUCACUGACACCCUUCAAGAGUUAGUGAAUCAAAGUAAAGCUGCUCCUCAGUCUCCCAGUGUACCCAAAAAGCCAGGUCCUCCGGUGCUGUCGUCUGACCCCAACAUGCUAAGCAAUGAAGAAGCAGGGCACCAUUUUGAACAAAUGCUAAAACUAGCUCAGCGUUCAACAGAUGAACUCUUCAGUAUUGCACUUUACAACUGGUUGAUACAAGUUGACUUGGCAGACAAACUGUUACAGGUUACUGCCCCCUUUUUGGAACCCUACCUUGUGCGGAUGACCAAGAUUGACCAAAACAAAGUCCGUUAUAUGGAUUUACUGUGGAGAUACUUUGAAAAGAACAGAAAUUUUAGUAAUGCAGCCAGAGUCUUGGCUAAGUUGGCUGACCUGCAUAGCACAGAAAUUUCUCUUCAGCAGCGUCUUGAAUACAUUGCACGUGCCAUUUUGAGUGCCAAAAGUUCCACUGCCAUAUCCUCUAUAGCUGCAGAUGGUGAAUUCCUACAUGAACUAGAAGAAAAAAUGGAAGUUGCAAGGAUUCAGCUUCAAAUACAAGAAACAUUACAAAGACAGUAUUCCCAUCAUUCUUCAGUGCAAGAUGCAAUCUCCCAGCUUGAUGCUGAGCUGAUGGAUAUAACUAAG